AAGCAGAUGCUUGGUGUUAUUGCUGCGAACUUACCACGUCAUGCUGUGUUCAGGUCAGGGCGUGUCCGUGUGUGACAGGCUGCAGUGCUCGUGCCACAGAACCACCGCCGAGUGCAUGGCGGCGGCCCGCCUUGACCACAGUCUGCCGGCACCGCCCAAAUGCGGUGGCCCCGCGCCCCUCUGCCGCCGUGUCAGCAGACCCCCCAGCAACCCCAGACUUCCAUCUCAGUCCAGCGAAGAGCAGCUGGGCGGGGACUCCGGCUUGGCGGAGCUGGACACGCCUCUUGCACAUGGACGCAAUGACAGCGAGGAAAGUGUAGAGAAGCCUCAAACUCCUCCCCCUCACAGCUAUCAAGGAGGGGUCACCCAUGGUGGGAUACAAAGCCACACCCACAGGCCGAGUGCAGGUCUGAACCAAGGGAGGCCGGACGAGGAAGAUGAGGAAGAAGAAGAAGAGGAGGAGGAAGAAGAUGAGUAAAAUUGAAAGCAAAGAAAUGAAACACAUUUUUGAAGAAAAAAAAAAAAAGUACUUUUAGAUUUGUGCAACUUGAGCGCUCUGAUGGGCUGAUGUCACUGAAGACUGGUGCUCAAAUAUCAACUUUAUUACUUUACUAACGUCAAACAAACAUUUUUCACGAAGAUUGCCGCCGACAUGGAAAACUUUUUUUUGACUAAGUCAGAAGUACCCUGUGACAAGCAGUGCUGAGUUUGGCCUCGGCGCCAUCUAGUGCUUAAAAUCACGACGGACAUUUCGUACACAUGAAUGGGUCUUGAAUGCAGCAUGGUGGAGUACAGAUCUGUGGGCAUCGAUCGGCGGUUACUCUAAAACAGUACAUCUAAAGAGCCCAGAGUGAUGGAGAAAACAUUCUCGAAGUGUUAGCAACAUAGUGCAAUAAAAUACUUUCAUCUGGUAGGCAGUGAUAGAAAAAUAGACAAUCUAGUGCUAAAAUUACAUUUAUCUUGCCUAACUUAAAUCUUGGUACUAAUUUUCUACUGCAUCAAAUAAAAGUCUAUUUGUCU